UACCGCUUGUUCAAUACAUUUGUAUAAACUUUUAAAAUAUUUUACAUUGUGUUUUUUUUUCAAUUCCCUUUAAAAGCGACAAUUAUUAGAUAUUCGUUUUGUUGCCGGCUUAAACUUGAAACACGAGUAGAGAUAUACCAAUAGAAAUGUACUCCAAAAUCACUUUUUUGUUAUUAUAUAAUUUUUUAGUUGCUAACCGUAUACUAAGUGCACCGCCGAAGACGUUCACAGAACCUAUCAACGACGAUGUUCUAGAAGCAUCUUUCGAUGACUGUAGAAAAUGGUCGAAGAAACCUGUAGGAUCUACUAUUUCAGUGUCUGAAUUUUUUUCGUAUUUUGAUGACGGUUCCGGUUGUCAACAAAUUGUAGAUUCCACAAUACAAUACUUGAAUGAGACUCAACCUGGCGGUACGGACCAAUACAAAAUAGAUUUAAGUCUAUAUAAAGAGCUUGUUAAAGCAUUUUUCAAGUUCAAGAGACUUCCUCUACAAUACUACACUGGAAUUACAAAAGAGCCAUCGGAUAAUGAGAUUCUAGAAACGUCUUUCGAUGACUGUAGAAAAUGGUUGAAGAAACCUUCAAAUCCUACAAUUUCUGUGUCAGAAUUUGUGUCGUACGCUGGUAACUACCGUCAAACUGUAAAUUCCACAAUAAACUACUUGAAAAAUACUCGACCUGACGCUAUAAACAAAAACGAAAUAGAUAUAGUUCUAUAUAAGGAGCUUAUUGAUGCGAUUUGCAAGGUCAAUGGGCUUCCUAUAAAAUUCUUCACUAAAAUUAGAAAAGAGGCAUCGGAUGAAGAGAUUCUAGAAACAUCUUUUAAUAACUGUAAAAAAUGGUUGGAGAAACCUUUGGAACCAACUAUUACAGUGUCUGAAUUUUUGUCGUACAUUGAUGAUGGUUCCGGUUGUAAGAAAAUUGAAGAUUUCACAAUACUCUACAUAAAUAAAACUCAAACUGGCGCUGCUAAACAAUACAAAAUAGAUUUAAGCCUUUAUAAGCAGCUUAUUAAAGCCAUUUGCAAGGUCAAUGGGCUAUCUCUAGCAUACUUUGCUGAAAUUAGAAAAGUUCCUUCGGAUGAUGAGAUCCUAGAAACAUCUUUUGAUAACUGUAGAAAAUGGUUGAAGAAACCUUUAGAAUCUACAAUUUCAGUGUCUGAAUUUUUGUCGUAUUUUAAUGACGGUUUCGAUUGUGAACAAAUUGUAGAUUCCACAAUGAACGUAUUAAACGAGACACAAGCUGGCGGUACAGACCAAUACAAAAUAGAUUUAGGUCUGUAUAAGGAGUUUCUUAAAGAAUUUUGCAAGUACACUGGGCUUCCUCUAGCAUAUUUCGCUGGAGUUAGAAAGGAACCAUCGUAUGUUAAGGACGAUAUCGAUGCACUGUCAGAUUUGGUCCCAGUGCCUACCGAAGACGAUGACGAUGCAAUGUCAGAUUUGGUCCCAGUGCCUACCGAAGACGAUAUUCUAGAAACAUCUUUCGAUGACUGUAGAAAAUGGUUGAAGAAACCUUCAGAACCUACUAUUUCAGUGUUUGAAUUUUUGUCGUACGCUGGCAACAACGAUCAAACUGUAAAUUCCACACUACGCUACUUGAAAGAUACUCAAACCGGCGCUACAAACAAAAAAAAAAUAGAUUUAGUUCUAUACAAGGAGCUUGUCCAAGCAAUUUGCAAGGACAAUAAGCUUCCUUUAGGUAUCUUUGCAAAAAUUAGAAAAGACGCAUCGGAAGUUAAGAAACGAAAACGAAUCACAUUAUAAUAUCCGGAAUAAUACCUACUCAAUACUCAUAUCAAAAUUAUGAUAAAAUUAAGCAACUCAUUUGAGUUUAGUAUAAUAUUAUAUAUUAAUUGUUUUUCCAUAAAUAAACUGCUAUUUAAAAUGAUUAGUGUAAAAUGUUAAAUUUUA